AUGUGGGACUAAAUACACGCCCGCACGGGUCCUCACAGUCGAGCACCAACCGGCUCUUCCCAGUAACGAGAGACGUACUGCUCGAUGUCAUGAUCCGAAGGGAUCCAUGGCUCAGGAUCCAUAUCUGAGAACAAGCUCUCCAUGCAUGGAAUUCCUUCUCUUCUUCUCCUUCUCUCUUGCUCUCGGAACGACGACGACGGACUAUAUGAGCACGAGGGAAAGGUGGCCUUUUUUGGUUUUUUUUGGGUAAGCUCGGUGACACGAGUCGAAAACUCAAUCGGGACGGAUUUGGAUCGGCGAUCCAACUCAUACAAACACCCCCCCAACAAUUUUAUUACCUUGUUUGGUUCCGGCCUUGGAAAUCUUUCCAUCCACGGAACAAGCAUCCUCCAUAACGAUUUUAUUACCUGAUUUCCAGCCUUCUCCGAGUCUUUUUGGGCUUUCCAUUCUGAGGUCAAACCUUCUCUCUCCUUUUCCUUCACUUGGUCCAUGGUUCGCGCGCCAUCUUACUCCCGCCAUCUUCGAUCUCUCUUCCAACGGUCGAGCACUCUCCGUCACCUCCAUCAACUCCACUCUCUGCUCCUCAAAACCGCUUUCGACCACCACCCCUUCUUCGCCUCCCAACUCAUUUCCUCCCUCUGUUCGCUCUCCCUCCACCACGCCCAUUCUAUCUUCUCCCACCUCCCCUUCCCCCCUCCCGUCUUCGCCUGGAACUCCAUCAUCCGAGCUUACGCCAACUCCAGUUCCCCCGUUGAAGCCAUCCAUCUUUUCUCGGCCCUCCGGCAAGCCGGGUUCGAACCGGAUAACUUCACCUAUCCCUUCGUUCUCAAGGCCUGCGGGCGUCCAUCCUUGCUGGGAGCAGGUGGGAUGGUUCAUGGGUUGGCUUUGAAGUCGGGUUUCUUAUCGGAUUUGUAUGUGGGGAACACCCUUUUGCAUAUGUAUGCUUGCUGUCGGAUGAUUGGAUGCGCCCGGAAGGUGUUUGAUGAUAUGGAGGCGAGAGAUGAUGUCGUCCUGUGGAGCUCCAUGAUCGAGGGAUAUGUUUCUUGUGGUGUUUCAACAAAUGAGACAGGCAAAUGUUAAACCCAACUCUGUCACUGCUUCCAGCCAUCUAACUAGUCCGAGCAUUGGUCGUUCCAUACAUUCGUACAUAACAACAAAUGAGAUCAAAUUGGACGUUGCUUUAGGAACUGCUCUUGUCAACAUGUAUGCUAAGUGUGGGCACAUAGAGGAAGCUUUCCAAGUUUUCGAAUCCAUGGAGGAUAGGAACCUGCAGUCAUGGACAAUCAUGAUUUCAGGAUUUGCAGCUCAUGGCCAUAGGAAAGAAGCAAUCACUCUAUUCUCUCAAAUGGAAGCCAGUGGUCUGAAACCAGACAGCACUUCAUUCUCCAUGAUCUUAAGUGCUUGCAGCCACUUGGGUAUGGUAGAUGAAGGUUGGCACUAUUUUAGCAAGAUGGUGGAUGUUUACAAUAUCCAACCAACAAUUGAGCACUAUGGCUGCAUGGUUGAUUUGUUCGGACGUGCAGGAUUGGUAGAUACUGCUUUUGAGUUCAUCAAAAACAUGCCUAUUGCUCCAAACAGUGUUAUACUAAGGUCUUUCUUGGGAGCCUGUAGGAAAAAUGGUAAAAUUACUGCUGUUGAUGGUGAACUGUAUCAACUGAUGAAGCUUUUGCUCAGAGAGGAGCCUGAUCUUGGAGCAAACUAUGUGCUUGCUGCUAACAUGUCUGCAUCGUCUGAUAAAUGGAGUGAUGCAGCCAAGCUACACGGCAGCAUUUCAGAGAGGGGUUUGAAGAAGGUUGCUGGAUGCAGUUGGGUGGAAGUGCAUGGAAGAAGUGUUGAAUGGAAAGAAAUGGAAAUUGGUGGAUGACCAUGAUGCUGAACACUAAGCUCAAGCACAGUUAUAUGUUCAAAUUACAAUAUACGAGAAGCAGGGCGUAAAUGAUUCAAUCUUCUUUAGUAGUUUGUUACUGUGGGUAAUUACUAAAAGGUAUUGACUGAAUCUUUAUACAAUUCCUGAAAUUUUUAUGCAUUGGCAAUUGUUA